GUGGCCAUAGCUAGAGUGCUUCUGAUGUACAGUCGUUGAAAGUCGAGGUCGCUUCGUCAACCAAAUAGCAAUAAUCCCAUGAACGCCUCGUCGCAGCCUUGGAACAAGUUGACGCCCGAGCUGCUGCAACAUCUCGCUGGUCUGUUGCCGGUCCCGGAUGUGGUCGCGGGGCUCAAGCUGAGCUGCAAGGACGCGGCAGCAUGCCUCCGCGAGGGCUACUCUCGGAUACAGCUCUCGGCGCAACCGGCGCAGAGGCGCCAACCGAAUCAAUACGUUAAUCCAGUCGUCGCGGCCUCGCCCUGGCCCGCUCGCCAGUUCGUGGCGCACUGGGGCCGGCCCGAGCCUUGGCGAACGCUUGUCCUCCGGCAGCGGCAACGCCUGCUGUGCCUCGCCGCCAGCAGCGGCGACGGCCCAAGCCUGGACGCGGCUCUGGCACACUGCGGCUGCGCCCUCAGUGUGCAGGUGAUGGCUGCCGCGGCCGCGGCCGGGCGCACGGCGGCCUGCGAGCGGCUGCUGCAGGAGGGCUGCAUGGUGGGGCUAGCCGCCGUCUGCGCCGCGGCGGAGGCGGGCCACCUGCACCUGUGCACGCUGCUGUGGGCCAGGCAAUGCACGGACCAUACCCACAACGGAAAUCUGGGCGGGGAUGCCGCGCUGCUGGAUGUGGCGGAGGCCGCCAGCUCCGGCGGGCAUGCGCACGUGCUGCAAUGGCUGGAGGAGGAGGGGGAGCUGUUCCCCGAGGUGGCGGCACGUUGGGACUACGACGGGGAGUACCGGCGGCAGGAGGUGGCCCAGGUCCUGGCGGCGGCGGCGGCGCGCGGCGGCCACGUGGCGCUGCUGUACCGGCUGUUGGCCCGACUGCCGCCGCCGCCCCGCGCCGACGGGCGGGAGGGCGGCGGCAUGUGGCACCACCUGCUGUGUGACGUGGCGUUGGGCUGCCCGCUGCCCGUGCUCCGCCAGCUGGCCGGCCGGUGGCGGCAGCUCCAGCAGGCGCCGCGUCAGCAGCAGCCCGCCGCGGACGCGGACGCGGACGCGGAUGCGGAUGCGGACGCGGCGCAGGCGGCGGCGGGCGGCGGCCGCCCCAACCUGCUGCUGCGCGCGCUGGGCAGCCGCACGCCCGACUGGCGGGACAAGGCGGAGUGGGUGCGGUCGCGGCGGCCCGAGCUGCUGGCGGCGGCCACGGCCGAGCGGCGCGGCAACGGCGGCAGGUGGGGGGCCGAUGGCUGCUGGCUGCUUGAUCGUGGCGGCGAGUACGGCUGGGCGGCCGCGCAGCCCGACUACAAGGAGCGGCUGCGGUACCUGGUGAGGGACAGGGGCGUGCGGGCGCUGCCGGCGGCCGCAGCGGAGGCGGCGGCUGCGGUGGGUGACGUGCGCGCCCUGCGCUUCCUGCGGUAUGGGUGCGGCGGCAUGCGGUGGCCGAACAGCUGCGUUGUCGAGACCGCCGCGCAGCGUGGGCAGACUGCGGUGCUGGAGUUCCUGCGGGCCCGGCGGCAGCUGCCGAGCUACAGCAGUGGCGGCCGCACCCUGGACGCCGCCGCGGCGCCUCUGGGCGCGUUGGCGGCGGCGGUGGUGGUGGCGAACGAGGCAGGCCGUGCAAGACCGGAGCGUAGCUUCUGGUCGCGCGUCUUCCGGCAAGCGGCGGCAAGCCAAGGCGCCGACGCCGCCACGCUGCGCUACCUGCAUGAGGUGCUAGGGGCGGAGGUGCAGCUGCAGCCCAUUGCGACGGCGGGCUCCCUGGAGCAACUGGAAUGGGCGCUGGGCGUGGCGGCGGCGGGUGAGGACGACAGCGAUAAGAAUGAGUUUUGGCCGCAGGAGGCCGCCGGGAAGCGGUCGCUGCUGCUGCCGGCGGCCCUGGAGGCCGGCAACCUGGCGGCCGCCACCUCCCUGCACGAGCGCGGCGGCGCGCCGGCUGAUGAGCUGCCCGGUGUGGAGAAGGUGUUGGGCCUCGGGCAGUGGUACGACCGCAGCGCGGGCGUGUUCGGCGCUGUGCGGUGGCUCUUGGAGCGGCGGCAAAAGAAAUCGCAGAGGGCGCGGGAGCGGGGGCGGGAUGAGGGGCGGACUGCAGCAGUGGUAGGCGGCGGCGCGGAGGCAGCUGGCGGGUCUGGGGCUUCGGCCGGCGGCGCAGCGGCUGCGGCGGGCGGGUCGGGGGCAGGGGCAGGGGCGGGGGCAGGGGCAGGGGCAGGGGCAGGGGCAGGGGCAGGGGCAGGGGCAGGGGCAGGGUCGGGGGCAGGGGUAGGGGCAGGGGCGGGGGCAGGGGCAGGGGCAGGGGCGGGGACGGAGCUGACCGACGCGGAGUGGAGCGCGCUGCUGCAGGAGGUGGGGGUGGAGGGGCGGCUGUGCGGCCGCUUCCCUGAGAACCAGUGGGAGUGGCUGCGCGCCGCCUUCCUCGCCAGCCCCGUGCCGCCGCACGCCACGGCCGUGUCUACGGCUGUGCUGCUCACUGCCGGCAUCGUGUGCAGAGGAAUGGCGGGGGACACGGCCAGGAGGUCCAUGCAGGCGGCGGCGGCGGCGGCGGCGGCGGGUGCCGCGGGGUCUGGGCACAAGGAAGCGGUGGCGGCGCAGUGGGAGGCGGAAGAGGCGGGCAAGGAGGAGGAGGAGGCGAGGUCAGAGCGGGAGUGGGAGCGGGAGCGGGAGCAGGAGCGGGAGCGGGAGCGGGAGCGGGAGCAGGGCGUGAUGGGGGCGCGGGCGGUGGUGGCAGCGGGCGUGGAGCGGCGCUUCCGGGCGCGGGCGGCGGAGCAGGAGCGGUUGAGGGCGGAGGCGGAGGCGCAGUGGCAGGCGGAGAUGGAGGCGGAGAUGGAGGCGGAGGCGCAGUGGGAGGAGGAGGAGGAGGAGGAGGAGGAGGAGGCAGAGGCGGAGGCGGAGGCGAAGGCGCAGUGGCAGGCGGAGAUGGAGGCUGCAGCGCAGGCGGCGGUGCAGUGAGAGGCCGCAGCGCAGGCGCAGGCGGAGGCGCAGGCGGAGGGGUACGCCAGGGCUGGCAUGCAUCAGGCAGCGCACGGCAACCCGGCGGGCGAGAUCGACAGCGGCUUGGACAGCGACUGACUGCCCCAGCGAGUAGGGCACAGCAAGGCCGUGUCAGGCAUUAGGGCAUGAGGGCAUAUUGAUACGACUUGGACUGGAGCCGGGUUGCCCGCCCGUGCCAGGGGUAGGAGGUGGGGCGGGGUGGUGGUGGUGGGCACGUGCACGGCAGCACGUGGCGGCGACACAAGGGCAGCAGGAUGGGGCGGCGGGGGGGGGGGGUGACUCGCACGCUUCCAUGCAGGUAGCGUGGUGGGUUGGUUUGCCUGAUUGGGGGGAGGAGCGGGUUUCGGCGUUAAUUGCGGCUGUGCGCAUGUGGCGGUGUGGGCCUGUGGCCAGCCUUGCAAGCAAGCGGGCGGCGGGACCGCCAUCGAGUGCAAGGCAGGCAGUGAGGCAGGACAUCCGUUUGGACGUAUACGGGUACGUUGAACUGCAGGUCAUCUGUAAUAUUGCUGCACC